AUGGAUCGCCAAGUAUUAGGAAGGGGACGUGGGAGACUUACUAGACAACACCCAGAAGCGGGUGGUGAUAGGGAACCUGAGGUCAAUCAAGACCCUGGUCAGGGAAACGUGGCCGGAAACCCAGUGGCCACCACAAUCAAUAGAAUAACCGAUGUUCUAGAGCGUAUGACUGAGCAACCAGCCCCGGGGGCAGUGCAUCAUCAAGGAGGCCCAAUCGAUACUGAGGAUCGGGCAUUAGAGAGAUUCCUGAAGUUUGGACCACCUAAGUUUUACAGAGGUCCAGAACCUGAGGUAGCCGAAGGCUGGUGGGAGAGAAUCUCUGACAUUUUCGCAGCCUUAAACUAUGCGGAAGAGAGACAAGUGACUUUCGCCGCAUUCCAGUUUGAGGGAGCUGCUCCCACGGAGCAAAGGCGCGUAAGGAGAUUCAUGCAGGGACUAAACGUAGAAAUACAGGAAGGUUUAGCAGCCGUGAGGAUAGACACUUUUGCUGACGCUGUCGAGAGAGCCCAACGAGUUGAAGUAGCCAGAGCCCAAGUGAAAUCUUUUCAAGCUAAGAAAAGAUUUACCUCUAGUAGUAGUCGGGAGCCGACUUACGAAAAUGCUCCACCGGCCAAGGUGGGACGAGGAACAAGCGGAGUGAACAGUCCUGGAGCACCACGAGGCGCUCUAGCAAGAGGAACUGGGGCAAGAAAUGCAGGGGGAAGAAAUAAUGGAGUUAGAGGGGGACCAAAUGGAAGAGGUCAACCUAAGAAUGCCUCACAAGGAGGUCGUGCGAUAACUCCACAGGCAACUUGUGGGUAUUACAAGAGACCUGGCCUUACUGUGGAUGGUUGCUGGAGGAAACAAGGUAGGUGCCUAAAGUGUGGGAGCAGUGAGCACAAAAUUUCCGGUUGCCCAAAAAUACAAGAUGAUGGAACCCUGAAUGCUGGACCAGCCAACUCUGGAGGGAAUAGGCCGACAGUUCCUGCCAGGGUAUACGCUAUAGAUGACCAACCUGUACCUGAUUCCUCGAAAGUCGUGGAAGGUACUAUUCCAAUUUUUCAUCGAUUAGCUAGAGUGUUAAUUGAUCCUGGUGCAACUCAUUCAUUUGUGAAUCCAACAUUUAUGUCCAGAAUUGAUGUGAAAUCUGUUAGAUUACCCUUUGAUCUUGAAGUUAGGACACCAAUGGGUAAUAAGAAUAUAAUCACUAGCUUAGCUUAUAAGAAUUGCGAAUUCUGGAUUGGAGAGCGUAAAAUGCUAGUGGAUUUGAUAAGCCUGGAUAUAAAAGGUUAUGAUGUUAUUAUAGGAAUGGAUUUCCUAGCUCAUCAUCAUGCUAAGCUGGACUGUAGAGCAAAAGUGCUAGAACUUUGGAUUCCCGGGGAAGCAACUCUGAAGCUAGAUGUGAAAGUGAAGUUAGAGGACGUACCAGUGGUACGAGAAUUUCCAGACGUUUUCCCUGAAGAAUUAAAGACAUUACCGCCGGAGAGAGAAGUGGAGUUCAAGAUUGACUUGGUGCCGGGAACGGCCCCGAUUUCUAAGACUCCGUACCGAAUGGCUCCUGCAGAGCUAAAAGAAUUGAAAAUUCAACUGCAGGACCUAUUGGAGAAAGGUUUCGUUAGGGAGAGUGAUUCACCAUGGGGAGCACCCCUACAAGGAUCUGUUGUAUUCUCCAAGCUGGACUUAAGGCAAGGGUAUUACCAGUUGAAGAUUAAGAAAGAAGAUAUACCCAAGACAACUUUCAAUACAAGAUAUGGACAUUUUGAAUUUGCAGUCAUGCCAUUUGGAUUAACUAACGCACCAGCUGCCUUCAUGGACCUAAUGCAGAGAGUCUUCAAGAAGUAUCUAGAUCAGUUCGUAGUGGUUUUUAUCGAUGAUAUCUUGAUUUACUCCAAGACUCGAGAGGAACACGUUAAGCACUUGGAGAUAGUUUUGCAGGAGUUAAAGAAGCGAUUAACAUCCGCUCCUGUUUUGGUAUUACCUGACGGAAGAGAAGGUUAUACCGUGUAUUCUGAUGCCUCUAGAGAAGGUCUGGGGUGUGUUUUGAUGCAAAUGGGUAAAGUAGUUGCCUAUGCUUCUAGGAGAGCAUCGGUCAUAUGCCAAGUUUAG